UCAAAAAUACUAAACAGCAAUAAUGAUUUUGAAAAAGGUUAUCAAAUUUACGAAAACAUUGGAAGACCCAAAAAAUCCUUUGUUGGGACCAACUCUAAAAGGGUUGUAUUUAUUCGGCCUCUGGCCAACUGGAAAUAGAUUGCGGGUCAUGUUUUUUAAUUCAAUACAUAUCUUUACCGUAUUUUUUAUUUUCAGUGAAAUACUUGACCUCUACAUGGUCAGAAAUGACACUAAUAAAGUUUUAAAUAAUAUGUCAGUGAGCGUUCUUAGCGUAAUUUGCUUUGCUAAAUCCUAUUCUUGCAAUAUCAGACACAAACUUUGGAAAAAGCUUACUGAAAGCAUAAGCGAAGAAGAAAAAUUGCAAAUAAAUAAACAGGACCCAGUUAUAAUGAAAUAUAUUCAUGGCUAUACAAAAUACACAAGGAUUAUCACAUAUGGGUUCUGGGUUUUGGUCUUUGUGACUAAUUUGCUUUUGAUCCUGACUCCUUUUAUUAAAUACGCAACGUCGCAGUCCUAUCGAGAAGAAAUAGAAAUGGGGAUUGAGCCAUUACCGCAAAUUUUGUGUUCCUGGUUUCCAUUUGAUAACACAAGGAUGCCUGGAUACAUAGUGUGUUUAUUUGUUCACAUAACGAUGGGAACGGAAGGAUCUGGUGUUUUAGCAGCCUAUGACAUGACUGCAGUUGCUAUCAUGUCUUAUCUUAAAGGGCAUCUGAUGAUUUUAAGAGAUAAAUGUGAAAAUCUGUUUACAGAAAUAAGUUCCCCUCAAGAAGUGCUAGAAAGGAUUAAAGAAUGCCAUAGGCAUCAUACUGUAUUAGUGCAGUAAGUAUAAAUUAAAACAACAUUAUUAUCAAAAUCUUAAAUUUAAUUCGAGGUAUUUGAUGUAAAAUGACAAAAUCAGUAAA